AAAGAGAAGAGGAGGAGAAGAGAGAGCAGCCAGGCCGCCACGCCCGCGAGCCGCCGCACACCAACGGAGCGGAACGCCCUUCCUCCUCCGGCAGCCGCGAUUCUUCUAGCCUCCUCCAAUCCGCCGCCGCCGCCGCUCCUCCCCGCACCCCGCCCGCCUCGCCUACGGCAUCAUCGCACUGGAUUGCCCCCGGCCAGAGCCGCCAUGAAGCCGGAGUCUGCCGACGAUGCAGUGCUCGCCGGUUGCAAGGGCAAGUUGAAGCACUUCCGAAUAAAAGAGCUAAAAGAUGUCCUGCAUCUGCUUGGACUUUCAAAGCAAGGAAAGAAGCAGGAAUUGGUGGACAAGAUCUUAGCAAUACUAUCUGAUCAACAGGAUCAAGUACCACAACUGAAUGGCUUAACAAAGAAACCGGCGGUUGAAAAAGAAACCGUGUUGAAAAUAGUUGAUGAAACCUUUAGGAAACUGCACAGUCCUGCAAAUUCUGCUGCAGCCUCAGCAAAUCAAAUUGAUUCAGGACAAAGUGUGAAGCCUAAAAAAAAGUUAAAUGGUUCUGCUCAAAAGGAUGUCAAGGUCCGUUGUCCUUGUGGUAACUCCAUGGCCAGUGCAUCCAUGAUAAAGUGUGAUAAUCCACAAUGCAAUGUUUGGCAACAUGUUGGUUGUGUUAUCAUAUCUGAGAAGUCUGCAGAGAGUGUUCCUCAAGAAUUACCUUCCAGCUUCUACUGUGAUAUCUGUCGAAUUAGUAAGGCCGAUCCUUUCUGGGUCACUAUCAAUCAUCCGUUACUUCCAACAUCAAUAGCUCCUUCUAAAAUAGCGACUGAUGGGUCAUCUACUAUACAGUAUCUCGAGAAAACCUUUCCAUUAUCAAGAGCUAAUAGGGAAAUGCUACAGAAAGCUGAUUAUGACAUUCAGGUUUGGUGCAUCCUUCUUGAUGACCAAGUUCCUUUCAGGAUGAACUGGCCUUUACACUCUGAUAUGCAAAUUAAUGGUAUUGAAGUUAGGGUUGUCAACAGGCAACCUACACAGCAGUUAGGGGCCAAUGGUAGAGAUGAUGGUCCUGUAUUAACGGAAUAUUGCAAAGAAGGACCUAACAAAAUUGUUCUAUCUGGAAGUGACUCCCGCAUGUUUUCUCUGGGUGUUAGAAUUGCCAAGAGGAGGUCUCUGCAGGAGGUCCUAAAGUUGGUGCCUAAGGAACAUGAUGGCGAGAAGUUUGAUCAUGCCCUUGCUCGUGUGCGGCGUUGUGUUGGUGGUGGAGCUGAGGCAGAUAAUGCUGACAGUGAUAGUGAUAUUGAGGUUGUGGCUGACAGGGUCUCUGUGAAUCUCCGAUGCCCGAUGACUGGCUCAAGGAUUAAGAUAGCUGGCAGGUUUAAACCCUGUGUCCACAUGGGUUGCUUUGAUUUAGAAGCUUUUGUGGAACUUAAUCAACGUUCACGGAAGUGGCAAUGCCCAAUUUGCCUGAAGAAUUAUUCUCUGGACAACAUAAUCAUUGAUCCAUAUUUCAACCGAAUCACUUCGCUGAUCCAAAGCUGCGAAGAUGAUGUAUCUGAAAUUGAUGUCAAGCCUGAUGGUUCCUGGAGGGUCAAGGGUGGAGCUGAGCUGAAGGAUCUUACGAGGUGGCAUUUACCAGAUGGUACUCUCUCUGUGGCCACCAACAUAGGGUCCAAGAUCAACGCAAGUAUCGUAAAACAUGAGGUUAAAGAAGAGUCUCUUUCUGACCAGCUGGGCUCCCGUAUCAAGUUGGGAAUUAGGAAAAACAACAACGGCAAGUGGGAAAUUACCAAGAGAGGUGAUGUUAACUUGACGCAAUCUUCUGAUGGUGACCACCCAGAGCACUUUAAAAAUGGAAACUGCAUUACUCCUACAAGCAAUAAUGAUCACGAGGACACUGAAGAUUUGGAACCAGGACAAUAUGAUUACCCUAUGGGCAAUGUACAUGAUCUUGAUUCUUCUCCUAUAGAUGAACAUGUCCCUGCAGUAUCAAGAGAGCAAGAUAUAAUAGUUCUGAGCGACUCUGAUGAUGAUAACGUCACGGUGUUGUCUCCUAAUGCUUUGAAUUCCAGCUCAGCAGAUGACACUGGCGAUCCAUUUCCACCUAACCCACCUGAAACUUCAGGAACGUGUGAGGAACAACCUGGAGGUGGUUUAGAUGAGGCUUCAUUUCUUACGUUCAGCGAAGAUUUUGAUGAUCUGGCACAACUCUCAUUUUGGCAGUAUCCUUCAAAUCCCCAGGAUGAUCCCGGCUUAAAGUUUACAAAGAAUCUAGGUGAGAUGCAAAACAACACUGCCAACCAUCAACCUCUGCAUGAGCCAGCAGCAGCAGCAGCAGCAAACCUACCGGAACAUGGACAUAAUAAUUGCGUUGAUGAAAGCCAAGCAUCAGUUGCAAGUAAUUGCGUCGAUGAAAGUCUAAUUACUGUCAAAAAUGCGUCCCAGAAAAGGAGGAACCCUGAGGAUGGAAUGACAGCUUUAGAUGCUUCAGUUCUGGAUGAUGGCUUGCCUGGGAAGAGACCUAGUGGUUCUUCGUCACUGCCUUGGCAGCAACGGUCAGUUCGACCAAGAUUGAUACUAGCAAUCGACUCAGACUCUGAAUAGCAGUCCAUGUUGUCCGUUGUCUGGCAUGAUGUGUAGAAUGUUCGCUGUCUCCUUCGUGGAAUGAUCACUGAAGUUUAGUUUGUGAUCCUUUCGUCCGUCUUGCCUGUCUUGAGAAAGUACACACUAUCUGGUGCUGGAGGAUGUACGCAGUGGCAUUUAUAAUUCAAAUAGUCCUGGGAACUGCAAGGAAAGAGGCAUUUAAAAAAUAAAUAAAUCUGGAGCUGAUCUCGUAUGCCCUAUAAUCCAGCCAAAAGUGUAAAGAGAUCCAUUGUGCAGGCAAUUUUGAUUUUAUAGCAUAGCAUAGCAUAGCAGGAACUGCAAAUGGCAGUUGAUGUACAUAUGGUUGACUGGUUUCCCAUUCAUUGUGUUAGUCCUGAUAGCUGAUAGAAGAGAGGGAUGUUGUCCCGUAUUUUAAAUUUCAAGGUACAUUUCAUCAUU